UUUGUCCCAUUUCUUUUUUUUUAUUCAAUUGCGCGCCUUAUUCAAAUUCAACGUGUCUUUCUUUGUCUGGGAUCGUAGCCACCUCAUACAAACCUUUCUGUUUUAGCCAGCAGUCAUUUCAGAGUCUCUGUCUUUCGAUUUUUCGAUUUUCGUGUGAGUAUAUUGACAGACAAGGUAGGUUCAAUAACUCCUUUCGGAUAUACAUCUUUGUCUCAUUGAAGUGCUAAGAAUUAUGCGUGAAAUUGUACACGUUCAAGCCGGACAGUGUGGAAAUCAAAUUGGUACCAAGUUCUGGGAAGUCAUUUGCGACGAGCAUGGUCUCUCUCCAGAUGGAUACUAUGUAGGAGAUACCAACUCUCAAUUGGACAGGAUAAACGUAUAUUAUUCAGAAGCUUCCGAUAAACAUUAUGUACCUCGCGCAGUUCUUGUGGACUUGGAACCAGGAACUAUGGAUGCUAUAAGAAGUGGAAAGUUGGGCAAAAUGUUUCGCCCAGAUAACUUUAUCUACGGUCAAAGUGGUGCAGGAAAUAAUUGGGCCAAAGGUCAUUAUACAGAAGGUGCCGAAUUGGUAGAUGCAGUUUUAGAUGUCGUCCGAAAAGAGGCAGAAGCUUGUGACUGUUUGCAAGGUUUUCAAGUAACUCAUUCGUUGGGUGGAGGCACAGGUUCGGGAAUGGGAACUUUAUUAAUUUCCAAAAUAAGAGAAGAAUAUCCCGAUCGAAUGAUGGGAACGUAUUCCGUAUUACCUUCUCCCAAAGUAUCCGACACUGUUGUUGAGCCUUACAACUGUAUUCUUUCAGUUCAUCAGUUGGUAGAAAAUGGAGAUGAAGUAUUCUGUAUAGAUAAUGAAGCACUUUACAAUAUUUGUCACAACACUUUGAAAAUGAACAAUCCUUCCUAUAACGAUCUCAAUCAGUUAGUAACUGCAGUGAUGUCAGGUAUUACCUGUUCUCUCCGUUUCCCAGGACAGCUGAAUGCAGACUUGCGCAAGUUGGCUACCAAUCUUAUUCCAUUCCCUCGUUUACAUUUCUUCAUGAUUGGAUUUGCUCCAUUAGCAGCACCUGGAACGCAGCAAUACAAGUCGAGUUCUGUGGCUGAUUUGUGCCAACAAAUCUUUGAUUCUCGUAACAUGAUGGCAGCAUGUGACCCUCGACAUGGCCGUUAUCUUACUGCAGCAGCAUAUUUCCGAGGAAAAGUGCCUACCAACGAAAUUGACGAUCAGCUUAUGACUGUCCAAAAUAAGAAUGCCGCUUCCUUUGUGGAAUGGAUACCUAACAAUAUUAAAAGUUCUCUUUGUGAUAUUCCUCCAAAGGGAAUGCAACGUUCUGCCACAUUUAUUGGCAAUUCUACAGCCAUUCAGGAGUUGUUCAAACGAGUUGGUGAACAGUUUGCAGCCAUGUUCCGACGAAAAGCAUUUCUUCACUGGUAUACUGGAGAAGGAAUGGAUGAAAUGGAAUUUACUGAGGCAGAGAGCAACAUGAGUGAUUUAGUGUCAGAGUAUCAACAAUAUCAAGAGGCGACUAUAGAUGAUGACUUUGGAGAAGAUGGUGAUGGUGAUGAAGAGGAUUAUUGAGUGAAUGGAGUCAGAAUAGUAAAAUCUAUUUCUCCUGAUAUUGUUUGUGUGGAUUUUCUCAUAAAUAGCUUUGACCCAUAUUGAAUGAAAUGGAAUCGUGUUUGACAUUGGAAGCCAAUUGAAAAUGAUUCUGUCUCGUAAAAAUCUUUGUCACA